ACACCGAUUACGCAUCUAUCUGUCAUACGUUUCAACACAACCGCUGCGACGACUGGUGCUGUUGUUCUGUCGCGCUGUUUAAGUUACUAAAUAAAAGUGAACAGGAACGGUUUAGUGGCCGGAGCCGUGCUGCACAGUUGACACAACUUUUACAGAUUGUAACGCUAUACAUAGUACCCACAAGAUGGCAAUGGCACUGUCCCAGUUUAUGAAGUUGGCCGUCCGUCCGGCAUGCCGUGCGCUGUCCUCGAAGGGUGCCCCCGAGCUAGACAUCUCCCCGACCGGACCGUCCUUUGCGCUGAGCGACGAACAGCGCGAAAUUGUCGAUCUGACGAAGAAGUUUGUCCGGGAGGAGAUCAUUCCGGUGGCGGCGCAUCAUGACAAGACCGGCGAAUACCCGUGGGCCAUUAUCAAGAAGGCGUGGGAGCUUGGGCUAACCAACAGCCACAUCCCGGCCGAAAUUGGCGGAACGGAAAUGUCUAUCGUGACGAGCUGCCUGGUUGCGGAACAGUUUGCGUACGGUUGUACCGGCAUCAUGACCGCAAUCGAGGCUAGCGGUUUGGGGCAAACACCCGUCAUCAUUGCCGGCAACAAGGAGCAGCAGAAAAAAUACCUCGGACGUCUGCUGGAGGAACCGCUGGUCGCCGCCUACUGCGUAACGGAACCGGGUGCCGGAUCGGACGUGAAUGGCGUUAAAACGCGUGCCGAAAAGAAGGGCGACGAGUACAUCCUGAACGGACAGAAGAUGUGGAUCACGAACGGUGGCGUCGCGAACUGGUAUUUCGUGCUGGCCCGUACCAAUCCCGACCCCAAAUGCCCGGCCUCGAAAGCUUUCACCGGAUUCAUUGUCGAACGGGACACACCUGGACUGACGCCGGGCCGCAAAGAGCAGAACAUGGGCCAGCGUGCAUCGGAUACGCGUGGCAUCACGUUCGAGGAUGUGCGCGUACCGAAGGAGAACGUGCUCGUAGGGGAAGGAGCCGGUUUUAAGAUUGCGAUGGGAACGUUCGACAAGACGCGCCCUCCAGUGGCGGCCGGUGCCGUCGGUUUGGCCCAGCGUUGCCUGGACGAGGCGCUCAAGUAUGCGCUCGAGCGCAAAACGUUCGGUGUGCCGAUUGCUGCCCAUCAGGCCGUCUCCUUCAUGCUGGCCGAUAUGGCGAUCGGCGUCGAGACGGCACGACUCAUCACGAUGAAGUCCGCCUGGGAGGUCGAUCAGGGACGCCGGAAUAGUUAUUACGCGUCGAUUGCGAAGUGCUAUGCGUCGGAUAUUGCGAACAAGAUCGCAACCGACGCGGUACAGGUGUUCGGUGGCAAUGGGUUCAACAGCGAGUACCCGGUCGAGAAGCUGAUGCGCGAUGCGAAGAUUUACCAGAUCUACGAAGGUACGUCGCAGAUCCAGCGGUUGAUCAUUUCGCGCAACAUGAUUGAAGCUGCCAAGCAGCAGGCGUAAGGCCAGGGUGGAGGACGGUUCGUAUAACUUACCUUUGUUAACCCGUGUGCUACUCCCGUGGGGCUCGACCGAUAAUCCGUUCUGUCGUAACAAGUACGUGCAUUAUUUGUUUUAUUUUUAUCGUUUUGUUUCCGUUUUCCGCCGUAAAACAUUAUACAAUACAUCACUGCAAAAGUUUUGCCAACAUAUAGACUGGGUGUAAUAAAAUUUAUAUUUUCUUAAGAAAAAAGU